UCGUACUUACACGCCGAUUGAGUUUGUUUUUAUUAUUUAAUAGUUAAUCAUCAUUAUGACUUCUGAGAGACAGAAAUUUUACAAACACAAAAUUAAAAGGUAUUUAGCUGAUAUACAUGAAGCAUCGGAAAGCAUCCACCCUUCUAAUAGUCAAAAUGGAGAUUCGCAGAUAUUUCUUGAUUCAAGAAGCUACAGAACAUCAUCUGAAGACAAAGAAAAUUGUGUAAAUAAUUUUGACAUAGAGGUUAAUAAAGAAAUAGAAGAAUUUGAAAAGGAAAAAUUUACAGAAAAUAUGUCACUAAGGCAAGAAAAAAGAAGAGUCAGUAAUGAUAGUCUUCACCCAACAAUUACAGAAGUAAUUGGAGAAAAGGAUAUGGAAAAACUAAAAAAAUCGUUAGAAGACGAUAAUGCAGACAAAGACAUGGAGAUUUUAAGACAAUCUUUAGAAGACGGCAAUGUGAAAAAGGACACAGAAAUGGAAACAGAAAGAAAAGCUUCAGACAAAGAAAAAAAGAAAAGAAAACAAACUGAGUUAAAGAAGAAUUAUGUAGAUUUUUUAAGCGAAGAUGAAGACUUUGUAUGGGAUUCAACGUCUUGGAAGGAUACAGACGGUUCUUCAACUACUUCUAGUGACCCAAAUCAGAAAAAAAAGAAAAGAAAGCAGAAAAGAUCAAAUACAGAAGAUGGAAAAGUAGGGAGUGAAGGAUUAAAAAAGAAAAGAACUAACAAAAGAAAAGAAAAAAAAGAAGCAAAAUCGAAGGGUGAGCAAUAUGUCAAGAAAGAUGGUACACUUGUGAAGGAAAAAGAAUUAAAACCGAAUCCUUGCAUAGGAAAAAACUGUCCAUAUAAAUGUGGAGAAAUAGAGACAGAAAAAAGAAGAAAUAUUUUUGAAUAUUAUUGGAAAUUAUCACAACAAAGAAAAAAAGAAUGGCUAGUAGCUAUGUCUUCGAAACAAGCCAUAAAACGAAAAAGAUCGAAAGAUUCUAGCUACAGAAGCAACACUUUCAACUACUUCGUAAAUGACGGAGAAGGUCGCCGCCAGGUCUGCCUCAAGUUCCUCCUUAAUACUCUUGAUAUUACGCAGAGAUACGUAUACUAUACUUUGUCAAAUCUGUCAGAAGGAAUUUCAAAAGACGAUGCAAGAGGCAAACAUAUUCCAGUAAAUAAAACGACAAAUGAAAUCAAGGAAUCGGCAAAAAAUUUCAUAAAAAACCUUCCUGCAGUGGCCUCACAUUACUGUCGAAAAGAUUCCACAAAGCUAUACCUUCCAACCGAACUCAAGAAUAUAAAAAACGUAUAUCGCAUUUACAAAGAAGACCGCACUAACAAAGGUAUGGACGUAGUAAGUGAAAAAUUAUUUCGUAAUAUAUUCAAUACGGAAUUUAACAUCGGGUUUCACGUACCCAAAAAGGACAAAUGUACUAUAUGCUUACGUUUAGAAGGCCAAAACCCUGAAGAGUGUGUGGAACUGAAAUCCCAUUUAGAAGAAAAAGAUGCAUCAAAGAAGCGUUUAGAAUUUCAUAGAGAAAUAGGUAAAGAUAAUUCUUCCAUCCUAUGUACAUCAUUCGAUCUACAAAAAGUACUUACUACUCCUCAUGGUAACAGUAUGUUACUAUUUUACGCAAGAAAAUUUGCUGUAUAUAAUUUGUGUUUUUAUGAGAGCAUUACCAGAAAAGGUUUUUGUUUCAUCUGGAACGAGUCUGAAGCAAAAAGGGGAGCAAACGAAGUCGCUACUAUUUUAAACAAAUAUAUACAAGAUGUCGAUGAGAGAAAAUCGAUAAGAAAUUUAAUCUUGUACUCAGAUUCAUGCCCCGGUCAAAAUAAAAAUAAAAUUGUGCUUGCGGCAGUUCAUAAUGCACUGCUUCAAGCCAAAAAUCUAGAGUCGAUCCAGUUAAACUAUCUUCUGCCUGGGCAUACUGAAAUGACCGUAGACAGCAUUCAUUCCACCAUAGAACAGGCGGUAAGAAAUACUAUAAUCUGGGCGCCCUCCCAAUGGGCUACAGUAGCCCAAUUGGCUCGAAAAGAACCAGAGGCAUACAUAGUAGAACAGCUAACUUACGACGAUUUUCUUAAUUAUGAAGCUAUAUCAGACAAAUAUUUUAAAGGUAACUUAUCGGGCAAGAUUAGCAAAAUAAGAAUAGCUACAUUUAAAAAAUCUUCUCCAAAUAUCUUAAAAAUAAAAUGUAGUAUGAAAGAUGAUGCAAUAGAGGAGACAAUUACUAUACAAGCUAGACCAAAAAGUAUAAACCAAAAAUAUAAAUCAGGUUUACCCAUCACUAGAGCAAAAUAUAACGAUCUCAAGAAAUUAUGUGAUACUGGAGUCAUACCAAAAAUAUUCCAUAAAGAAUAUUUACAAUUAGAAAGCGUCAAUAUCAAAGACGUCUUAGUGGACACCGACAUUGAAGAUAGUUCAGAUAGUAAUGAAUAGGUUACUUUAAUAUUUUAUCAUUUGCGUUACUGUUAUUUCUGUUAUACUAGAGAUAGUUACUUUUUUGUUUAUUAUAUUUGUAGGUAAGUCAUAAUAACCAAAGAAAAUAACAAAAUAUAGAUAUUAGGUAGGUUAUAAUUAGCAAAGAAAAACAAAAAGUUACGUUACGUUAGUAUCUAAAUAUAUUAUUAAUAAGUUAAAGUGUAAUAAGUGAGUUAAGUUUAUUUUUAUUAGAACUCUGUUCAUAGAGGUUGUUUGAUAAUGAUUAUUGUUUGAUAAUUAUUCAUAGUUCCUAUAAGACUGAUUUAAUUAUUGUGAUAAAACUCAAUAAAAACAGGGUAAAUAAGA